AGUGCGGACAUGUUGCAACAGGUUGGACAAAGAAUGAUGCUGCUGCCAGAUGAUGUCCCUACUCUAUUUCAGGGCUCUCAGGUUAUAGUGAAUGAAGAUCCUGUUGCAGUAGAUGAUCAUUGCAUUGGGAAUGAGGUUAUAGAUGCAGGUUAUGAUGAUAAUGAGUCCAUGGAAAUAGACGUCAUGGAUGAAACAGUGAGUGAUGUUGCUGAUAAGGAAAGUAUGCUCGAGAUGAUUGAUGAUGUAUCUGAAGAGAACAUGCUCAAUAUACAAUCAGAGAGUAUGGCUGACAAUGUAAGUAUGACUGAAAAAAAGAGAAAGCAUUCUGAUGUGUAAAUUAGCAUGAGUGAGGUAAGCAAUUUGAAUGAAACAGGUAAGAAUGCUGUCAGUCAUGAUCACACAUAUUGUGUCAGUAAAUCUCCCAGUAGUUUGAAACGACAAAUGGAUGAUAUGGUGGAUGAAAUGACAAACAUGAAGAGAAGAUUAACAACUUCCCAAAAGAAAGCCAGACGGCUAAAAAGAAAGGUUAGCACAUUGACUGAUGUGGUAAGUGAACUGAAAGAGAAAAAUCUUAUUAAUAGUGAUUGUGCUAUUAUAUUAGAGAGUACCCUUUCCGGAGUUCCAAAGGAACUCAUGAAAAGGAUAACAUCGCAAAAGAAAAAUCCUGGCGCGUAUCCGCCUGAGCUCAGGUCAUUCGCACUGACCUUGAAAUUUUAUUCGACAAAGGCAUAUAAUUAUGUCAGGAAAAGCUUUAAUCUAGGGUUGCCACACGUAUCGGUGAUUCGAUCAUGGUACACCUCGAUGGACGGCGAACCUGGUUUCACGAAGGAUGCGUUGACAGCUUUAAAAGCGAAAGUUUUAGCUGCAAAAAGAGAUGGUGGCAAAGAAGUUGUUUGCGCUCUGAACUUGGACGAGAUGUCCAUACGUAAGCAUGUCGAGUGGGAUGGUAAGAGAAUGCGUGGCUAUGUCGACCUCGGAACGGGUAUUGAAAAUGACUCGCUGCCUGAAGCAACCGAUGCGCUGGUGUACAUGGCCGUUUGCGCAAAUUCGAGAUGGAAAAUACCCUGUGGAUAUUUUCUGGUGAAUGGACUGACUGGUGAACAGAAGGCAAACCUGACGAAAGAAUGCAUUGAG